AUAACAGUGACCAGUAACGGGUCGCUGGCCAAGUUCCAUCCCUAGUUUCUCUCAUAGUUAGUCAAAACAUUAAAACAUUUUUACCUUCUGUCGUCUGGUUGAAAAAUGCGGAUUUAAGUACUUGAACAGCAGCCGAACAACGCAUUUAGAACGUCAAGAGAGAACUUGGCCCGCUAGAGAUCGAGAUCCCCCCACACCGAACACCCACUCAAACUCCGAAUCCCAGAAGGUAAACCACUGGCAACAUGGAUCGUAAGGCUGAGCUGGAACGCAAGAAGGCCAAGUUGGCCGCCCUGCGCGAGGAGAAGGAUCGCCGGCGCCGCGAGAAGGAGAUCAAGGACAUGGAGGAGGCGGCCGGUCGCAUUGGCGGCGGUGGAGGCAUCGACAAGGAUCAGCGCAAGGAUCUCGACGAAAUGCUGUCUUCGCUGGGUGUGGCCCCCGUCUCCGAGGUCCUUUCCUCACUCUCCUCCGUCAAUUCGAUGACCUCGGACAACUCCAACACACAGACCCCCGAUGCCAGCCUACAAGCCACCGUGAAUGGCCAGAGCGGCGGAAAGAAGCAGCCCCUGAACCUGAGCGUCUACAAUGUCCAGGCUACGAACAUUCCACCAAAGGAGACGCUGGUCUACACGAAACAGACCCAGACGACCAGUACCGGCGGAGGAAACGGCGAUGUUCUUUCUUGCCACUCCUCGCCUCUGUCAGGAUAUAUGGAGGACUGGUGGCGUCCACGUAAAGUUUUUGGCACGCACGCAAAAAAAACUGCAGCUCAUGCUACGGAUUAUUAUGAUGAAUACAAUCUUAAUCCGGGUUUAGAGUGGGAGGAUGAAUUCACAGUGCUUGCAUUUGAUGCCCAAGGAGACGACGAAGAGAGCUCGCUGCAGAACCUGGACAAUGGAUUCACCUCCAAGCUGCCACCGGGCUAUCUCACCCACGGCCUGCCCACCGUCAAGGACGUUGCCCCGGCCAUCACGCCCCUCGAGAUCAAGAAGGAGACCGAGGUGAAGAAGGAGGUCAACGAGCUGUCCGAGGAGCAGAAGCAAAUGAUCAUCCUGUCGGAGGACUUCCAGCGGUUCGUGGUGCGCGCCGGCCGCGUCAUCGAGCGGGCCCUCUCGGAGAACGUGGACAUCUACACGGACUACAUCGGUGGCGGCGACAGCGAGGAGGCGAACGACGAGCGAUCCCACGCCCGUCUCUCGCUGAAUCGCGUCUUCUACGACGAACGCUGGUCGAAGAAUCGCUGCAUCACCAGCAUGGACUGGUCCACCCACUUCCCGGAGCUGGUGGUGGCCUCCUAUCACAACAACGAGGAGAGCCCCAAUGAGCCCGAUGGUGUGGUUAUGGUGUGGAACACCAAAUUCAAGAAGACCACGCCGGAGGAUGUCUUCCACUGUCAGAGCGCGGUGAUGUCCACCUGCUUUGCCAAAUUCAAUCCCAACCUAAUCCUCGGCGGCACCUAUUCGGGCCAAAUUGUGUUGUGGGACAAUCGCGUCCAGAAGCGCACGCCCAUUCAGCGUACACCACUCAGUGCCGCAGCGCACACGCAUCCCGUCUACUGCCUCCAAAUGGUGGGCACCCAGAAUGCGCACAAUGUCAUCUCCAUAUCCUCGGACGGCAAACUGUGCUCCUGGUCGUUGGACAUGCUGUCGCAGCCGCAGGACACGCUCGAGCUGCAGCAGCGCCAAUCGAAGGCCAUUGCCAUCACAUCGAUGGCCUUCCCGGCCAACGAGAUCAACAGUCUGGUGAUGGGCAGUGAGGAUGGCUAUGUCUACUCCGCCUCGCGCCAUGGCCUGCGUUCCGGCGUCAACGAGGUGUACGAACGCCAUCUGGGCCCCAUCACCGGAAUAUCCACGCACUACAACCAGCUGUCGCCAGACUUUGGCCACCUAUUCCUUACCUCGUCAAUUGACUGGACCAUCAAACUCUGGUCACUCAAGGACACAAAGCCGCUGUACUCCUUCGAGGACAAUUCGGAUUACGUGAUGGACGUCGCCUGGUCGCCCGUGCAUCCCGCCCUCUUUGCCGCCGUUGACGGCAGCGGACGCCUGGACCUAUGGAACCUCAACCAGGACACGGAGGUGCCAACAGCCUCAAUUGUUGUGGCUGGUGCCCCGGCCCUGAAUCGCGUCUCCUGGACCCCAUCUGGUCUGCACGUCUGCAUCGGCGACGAGGCUGGCAAGCUGUACGUCUACGAUGUGGCCGAGAAUCUGGCGCAACCGUCGCGCGAUGAAUGGUCGCGGUUUAAUACCCAUCUUAACGAGAUCAAGCUGAACCAGAGCGACGAGGUCUAGGACAAUAGUUGUUAACUGGUAGUAGUUAAUAGUUGAUACCAAUUCUGCGAUUCUUGAGGGAAUCCGAGAAGGAGCGUCCUUGAAUGAAAUUUAAUUAAUAUUUUUUGUAUCUUUUGUGAUCCCACUGCUCCUUAGUUGUGUAUAGCCCAUAACUUAAAAACUCAUCCGCAGUCCAAAUGCUCACAAUUCGCUUGACCACAUCCCCUCCAGAAUAUAUCCCCAAGCUAUCGAGGGAAACUGCAACAUUCUCUAGGUAACCAACACAGUAACUGUAUUAGAAAGUUUAUUAAAUGAAACUCGACAGAAUAUAGAUUAUAUAUAUAUAUGAAGAGCAGUGGAAGAAGAACUAGAAGUUGGUCUCCCCGCAUGUUUGAUUGGUAUAUUCAUUCAUUUGUAAUUAGAUAUUGGUUUCAUUCCAUUGCUAUUUUCCCAGAUUUGUUCCCAUUUUCAAUCGCAACCUAUUUGGUCUGUAUCAGCAAUAUCAAUUCCGGUCUUGCCAAAUUCGUUCGAUAAUGGGAACGGAUCUGUAAAUGGGAUUUUUAUUUUUAAUUUCAAGUUGUGGAACUAAAAAGAUUGAAGAAUGAUCAUUUAUUCGACUGUCAGGCAGGCUGAGAGCACACACAUAAAUAAAUUAAAUGCUAAAUAUUAUAUACAA